CCGGACUAACCCCGUGGUGUGGAACUGGCAGCAGGUAGAGAGGUCGGUCACUGAUAGUGCUUUCGAAACGCAGGGCCAGAAGCAGCCAAAUUUGAACUAGUGGUGCAGGGGCCUCUUUUUUUGGUGUCUGUGUAAUUUUUGUGUGGUGUGGAAGGAAAACAAGUGAGGAGAAAAUUUGGCCUUCCUGUGCGCGCUGGAAAACGAAAGAAAAACGCGGAACGCAUUUUCCGACAUCAUCCCUUCUGGGCCAAAGCAAGCCACUGCGAGUGUUCACCGUGUUUUGCCAAGUUUCACGCGCGAUUAGAAGCAAUUUCCUAGGGUUAGUCUUUCAUACAAAGUAGGGAGGGUGGUGAAAAUUUUGCUGAAACGCAGCAACUGUUGUGAAAAUCAUCGAUCCACGAGGAAAACCCAGCGAGUAUCCGAAAGGGAAAAGUGUCCAAGUGAGCUGUGAAAAUCUCGGAAAAGUUGUGAAGCUCCACGUUAAGUCCUACAACAGUAAGAAGCAGCAACGCCAGUUAUUUAGUACGUUGUUGAGCGGCGAACAAGUUGAAAAAGACAAGAUUUAAAAGUAAAUUUGCAGUACAAGUUUGAAAAGUACCACUCAAGAAUCUUUCGAACGAUUCGUAACGUAACCGACAAGUCCCCAUCCCCCAAAUCUUCGAAAGAUCAUUAAUUAUUGUCCCCGGGGGUUAACCUCGCAGAACUGCGCUCUCCGUCGACGAGAGUGUCCACAGAGCGUCGUAUGAGCGGUCCAAGGUUCGGCAAGCAACGUCGAGGGAUCAUCAAAAGGAAGCCAACUCUGGCCGCGGACGACUCGGAUUCGGAACCGGAGCCGGACCGUCAAGCGCCGUCAAGCCUGGCCGGUGGUGGCCAAGUCGAUGCCAAUGCGGUUUGCGCCAGCAGCAAUCGACGGCUAAUCUUCAUCUACUUCGAAAAGUAUAAAUAAAUUGGUGCAAAGUCGGGGUUUAAACAUCGAUCAAUAGAGGAAAAUUAGGAGGAAAAGUUUGCAAGAAGAAAAUUGUAUUAAAAAACGAAGGAAAACCUCAGGAAUCAUGUAAAUCACUCGAUCGACCACGAAGAAGAAAGAGAAAAGUUAAGUGUUGCCAGAUGUUCAAUCGUGCUUUUGAAGUGUUGCCAGUUGUUUAGAUAUUGUAAUCAAUUUCCAUAAUCUAAAAAAAAGAAGACGAAGGCGAAGAUCCCCCGCGAUGAGUGUCCAACUCUGGCAGCGUCAGCAGAUCCAACCUGGUGGACACUGCUGAACAACUGCUGAACAGAGUAGAGGAAGAUGAACGCAACCGCAACGGCAUCGGCGUCCACCAGCAAUCGCUACGGUCAAUCCCAAACAGGGGAACGCCAGCAGGCAUCCGGUGGCGGAGGUUUCGGCUCCAGCGUUGGUUCCAGCGCCUCCUUGUCCCUGGCACUGGCCCCGGCAGCAGAUCAGCGCGUACCAAUGUCCGCGUUGCCCGUGAUUAAGCCGGAGAUUUUCCUCAACGAUCGCUCGCUGGUGGCGGUGUACUGCUUUGUGAAGAAUUUUAUAGGGUGAGUUGAUCUGUUUCCUGACUUGCGACUCUGCACUACAAAGCCCCUUUCAGUAAGUACGAGACUGACUGGCUACCGCGGAGGGCAGUUCUGGUUCGUCACGCCUGCUCUGAAAUUUUGCAACCCGCCUGUCAGCGGCAGUCAGUGUGGUCAGUCGUCACAUGCAUCGCGUAUGACACAACCCCCAUAUGGGUAGUAGGAAUCCGUACCGGUGCGAGCACUCCAAGAAGACGACGGUUGUCCUAGGUUAAGUAAAGUGUGCGAAAUGGCCUCGGCUUUGCUUUGAGGGGGUUUAUUGAUCGUAAAGACAGCCGGGGUGCUCCGUUACAUCGAACCUUGCUGUAACCACGCGACUGGCUGCGUUUGCGCGCCCGUAAAGUGGCGAAAAUUGAUUUAUAAUCCUAGGCUCUUGGUUAAGCCAAAACCGCACGCGCUUAGAAGCUGCCCAGAUGUGCAUCCGCGACUUGCCGUUCAAAACUGUGCCAAGUGCGUUGCGUACACCCCGCAAGAGAAAAACCGGUCGCAGAAGAGGUCCGGAGUGCGCCAAAAAGAAGGUGACAUCAUCUCUUUGCUAAUUUAUGAAAGUUUCCGAAGUGUGGGGUGGGGAUGGGUCGGGGCUCUUUUUACAACCCAGACAAUAUUCGACGGUUUAUGACUUGGCAGAGGUUGUCGCACCUUCCUGAAAACGUUUUCACUUGUGUGACCGACCACCACUCUCGUAUUGGAUUUAUUGUUGUCGCGAGUUGGCAUUGGAGGGAGCCGGCCUGUGCGAGGCCAGGGAUUUUAAUUGCGUUUUAUGACGCCGGUAACGAUGUUGAAUGUUAAGGGGCCUAACCAGAGAUGGCGGAGAUUGUCACGAAUGCCGGUAUCGUUGAAGGGUUUUGGGUUUGAACAGCUAAGAAGUGGAGCUGUUCAGAUUAAAUAAGUUCACCACAUAGCAUUGUAACUAGGAAGGCAUGUCGACGGAUUUCAAUUCAUCAAUUGAAUCAACCUGAUUUAAAUUCAAAUGCAAAAA